AUGAUGACAGUGGGGAGGAGCAGGUCCGUCGCCUUGGUUUGUCUCAGGGUCUCUUUCUUCCUUGCCGGUCCGUGUCAGUCGGGCUGUCGGGAAACCGGUCUGUGCUGCACCGGCCGGGACCCCUCAUGCAUCAGCAAAGGAUGGAGGUCUGAUCGGUUCUAUGGCCCCUGCUACUGCGACCAAGCCUGCGUCUCCACUCUGGACUGCUGCCACGACUAUGAGACGGCCUGCCCAGGUGGCGCUGGCCUGCGUAGUGAGUGGACCGAGUGGUCAGGCUGUGCUGAGCCCUGCAGGGCCACAGUCCGCAGGAGGAGCAGGACGAUCCUGCAGGAGCCACUCAACGCAGGGAGACGCUGUCCCAAUCUGGAGGAGCAGGCCGGCUGUGCAGAGUACUGGUCCCAGCAAGGGAACUGCCACAACCCACUUGUCCCAGCACUGAUUAUCACGGGUGGCUAUGGCAACGCCAGGAAGAAAAGAGACAUCCCCGAUCGCAGCGACAUUAUAGGGUAUUGUGUCCAGUUUCAGUUGACCUCUCUGACUGAAGGAUGCCAGCAGAGUUGGGGCCGACACACCCAGUGAAUGCAGCACCUGAGGGAGGGGCACCUUGUGUGUGUGGAGUGCCAGCCACCAGCUCUCGCUGCUGGACAGAUGUAUUGUGCCGGAGACGGAGAGGAAAAUGAUGAGGGCAGAAGACAGUCUCUCCAGUGGCAGGCGGUGGGAAACCCUCGAUGCAGGGGUGUGUGGAGGCGUGUGGGGAGGCUGGAGGCCUGUUCCUGCCCAACAGCCCACAGCUUCCUCUUCAUCUAA